GCGGCUUUUCCCUCUAUAUAAGAAAAUUCUGAAUACUUGCUUGUUUACCUACAAAAUCACAAAAAAAAGAUUGGCCUUUUCUCCGUAAGCCAGCCCAGAAAAAAUGAAAAAUAUGCCGGCUGCUGCCGCAGACAUGGACGUGUCAGAUAGCGCCGGAGAAGAUGGUGGUGGAAAAAUCACUAGUUAUGUAAUGAUCUGCAGCUUAUUCGCAGCCACCGGAGGCCUAUUAUUCGGAUAUGAUAUCGGAAUUUCAGGAGGUGUGACUUCCAUGGAAGAGUUCUUGGAGAAGUUCUUUCCGUCGGUGUACAGGAAACAGAGAGGGGCAUUUAAGGAAGACAAUUACUGCAAGUAUGACAACCAGAUGCUUCAGAUGUAUCUAUAUUUGGCCUGUCUUCUUUCAAGCUUCGCGGCGUCAAGAAUUUGCAGCAAGUAUGGUCGCAAGGUGACGAUGCAGUUGGCUUCGCUCUUCCAUCUCAUAGGCGUCGUUCUCAGCGCCGCAUCCGUCAACCUCGCCAUGCUCAUUUUUGGCAGGUUGCUCGUCGGCACGGGCGAAGGAUUCAGCGCGCAGGCAGUUCCUCUGUUUAUCUCUGAGAUAUCCCCUCCGAAAUAUCGUGGAGCCCUCAACAUCCUUUUCCAGCUCAACAUCACCCUCGGCAUCCUAAUCGCCAAAAUAGUGAACUUAUUCGCCGUCAAGCUUCACCCAUGGGGAUGGCGCCUUUCCCUCAGCCUUGCCGGCGUUCAGGCCGUCAUCCUCUGCUUCGGCUCUGUUUACAUCAGCGAUUCACCCACAAGCCUCAUCGAUCGCGGCCAGGUCGAACAAGGCAUCGCCGUCCUCCAGAGGAUAAGAGGAACUACAAAAGUCACCGAAGAGUACGAAAAAAUAGUCGAAUCCAGCAUGGUAGCUGGAUUGGUUGACCGGCCUUAUCGACGGCUGAUUGAGCGGUCCAGACGGCCAGAGCUGGUGAUCGCGCUGGCGAUGAUGAUAUUUAACCAGUUGACAGGGAUAAAUGUAAUCAUGUUCUACGCGCCGAUGCUGUUUGAGACCGUGGGAUUGAAGAGCCAGGCUUCGCUGCUUUCAACGGUGAUAAUCGGUGCAGUUAAUGUGAUUGCCACAAUUGUGUCUAUUGUCUUGGUGGAUAGAGCAGGGAGAAGGUUGCUGCUGCUUGAAGGGUGCUUGCAAAUGUUCAUCACACAGGCUGCAAUCGGAGGCAUUUUGAUGGCGAAGCUGAACGGGACGAACGCCCUGGACACAAGCACGAGUAUUUGUGUUGUCGUACUGGUGUGCCUCUAUGUGAUGAGCUUUGCAUGGUCAUGGGGUCCUCUCUGCAUUUUAAUACCCAGCGAGAUAUUUCCGCUUGAGACGAGGACGGUGGGUUUAUGCUGCUCUAUAAAUAUAAGCAUGAUCUGCACCUUCCUAAUAGCGCAGUGCUUCUUUUUGAUGCUCUGCCGAAUGAAGGCCGCCACUUUCUUCUUCUUCGCCGGUUGGACUGUGGUAAUGGGGUUCUUUGUACUGUUUCUCUUGCCGGAGACGAAAGGGGUGCCCAUUGAUGAGAUGGAGAAGAGAGUUUGGAAAAAGCAUUGGUUCUGGAAGAGGUUCAUGGAAGUAAAGGAAGAUGAUCUUGAAGCUCCUGGAAGUUGACAAUUGUGGAUAGUUUGGAGAGAAAUGUAUUGCUCGUUAAAUCUCCAUCGCCCAUUUUCCCGUGACAUAGUAUUUGUGCAGUUAGUUUUUCUCCAUGAGGUUGCAUAUUUGAUUAGUGCAUUUUGUUUGCCCUUGGGUUCAAUUUUCUCGAAUGAAAUAAAUAAAAGAAGGUUA